ACACGAUCUAAGAGAUCAUCCACUACUCUGAUUUCGAAGAAGCAGCUUCCAUUUUCCUUUUCUGCAAUUCAAUGGCGUUGGUUGGGGCUGUGAACCUCUUUCUCUUCCUUGUUCUUCUUCUCUCUUCUUGCCAAGGUAGAGAAAAUUGGGUGAAAUCGAGAUACCCGUUCAUCAAGCGCGCUAGCUCUUUCUAUCGCGACGGCCAUGAGCGAGAGGGAGGUUACGAUUAUAUAAUCGUCGGCGGUGGUACCGCCGGCUGUCCAUUGGCGGCGACAUUGUCACAGAACUUCAGCGUGCUGCUACUGGAAAGAGGCGGCGUACCUUUCACGAAUGCGAAUGUGUCUUUCCUUCGAAACUUCCACAUCGGCCUCGCCGACACUUCUCCGACCUCGGCUUCUCAGUUCUUCGCUUCGACGGACGGAGUAAUCAAUUCGAGAGCUAGGGUUUUGGGUGGUGGUUCCGCCAUUAAUGCAGGCUUCUAUACCAGAGCAAGCGCAAGAUUCAUAAACAAAGUAGGUUGGGACGAGAAGCUGGUGAACGAAUCGUACUCAUGGGUGGAGAAGCAAAUCGUUCACCGCCCCAACCUCGCCGAUUGGCAGAACGCUUUCACCCAAAGUCUACUGGACGUCGGUAUUUCACCGUUCAAUGGCUUCACCUACGAUCAUCUCUACGGCACCAAAGUCGGCGGAACCAUUUUCGACAGUUCCGGCCGCCGUCACACCACCGCUGAGCUCUUAGCUUCAGGCAAUCCCGAUAAACUUACGGUUCUGGUUCAUGCCACUGUGCAACGACUCAUUUUUGACACCACUGACGGUAAGAAACCGAAGGCAAUUGGAGUUGUUUUCAAGGAUGAAACUGGUAAUGAACACAAAGUUCUUCUAUCGAGCAACAGUGAGAGUGAAGUAAUAUUGUCCAGUGGAGCAAUUGGGACUCCACAAAUGCUGCUGCUCAGUGGAAUUGGUCCGAGGCCUGAUCUUGAAAAGUGGAACAUCUCCAUGGUUCUUGACAAUGAAUUUGUUGGAAAAGACAUGGCUGAUAACCCUAUGAACGCCAUUUUUGUUCCAAGCAAUAGACCAGUUCAGCAGUCACUUAUACAAGCAGUGGGAAUCACCAAGCUUGGUGUUUAUAUUGAAUCUAGCAGUGGUUUUGGACAGUCGGAUGAAAGUAUUCACUGUCACCAUGGUUUGAUGUCAGCUGAGAUUGGGCAGCUAUCCACCAUUCCUCCAAAACAGAGAACGCCUGAAGCUAUUCAAGCUUACAUUAAAACUAAACGAGACUUACCCCACGAGGCAUUUAAAGGAGGUUUCGUCCUAGGAAAAAUAGCAAAUCCAAUCUCAAAAGGACAAUUAAGCUUGAUCAACACUAAUGUCGACAACAAUCCUGCUGUGACCUUCAACUACUUUCAUCAUCCAUAUGAUCUUCACCGAUGUGUCGAAGGAGUUCGCAUGCUUACGAAGAUUGUGGAUUCUAAAUACUUCACAAACUUCACACAAUGUGACGAGGAAACAUUAGAAAGACUACUUAAUAUUAGUGUAAAGGCCAACAUCAACCUCAUACCGAAGCAUAGCAAUGACACCAAGUCCUUGGAGCAAUUCUGCAAAGACAGUGUGAUCACAAUAUGGCACUACCAUGGAGGGUGUCUAGUGGACAAGGUGGUGAGCCAUGACCUUAAAGUCCUCGGAGUAACUAGACUGCGCAUUGUCGAUGGUUCGACACUCAGCAAGUCCCCCGGCACCAAUCCUCAAGCUACUGUUAUGAUGAUGGGAAGGUACAUGGGCCUGAAAAUCUUGAUGGAUAGAUUGGGAAAGAAAUCUGGAAUGUCGGAAGCAUAAAGACUACGAAAAAUUACAAGCUGUGUUGCUUGUUAGUGAAGGUAUGAUCUGGGUGAGUUGAUUAUUAAAGAACGGUGGGCAUGCGCACCUCUGGCUUGGUAUGGAAUUACAAAUUUUUUAAGAUGAUAAGUAUUCUUUAUAUAUAGUCUCUUUCAGCUACUUGGCUACGAUUUGUUUUGUAUAAUUUUGAUAGUUUAUGAGUUUUCAUUCUUUGGAUGCACUGGAAGACUAGACUUGUUCUUUAUGUUUGAGCUAGAUUCUAGUGAUUGUGCAUCUGCAGUUGUGUAUGGAUAGCUUUGUGAUUUUGAUAACUUUAAGUGGAAUAUCUAACUUGUUUGAUGU